CGUCUGUCCGUCCUGCUGUUGCCACUGCUGAUGCUUGCGCUGUCCUCCGUCCUGCGCUCCCGUGCCUUCCUCCUCCCCUCUCUCGCCCCGCCGCUGCCGCCGCCUAGCUGCCGUCUGCUUGCCCUUCCUCUUCUGCGCGCCGUAUCCUCCUCGUCUUCCCCGUUCCAUCCACCUCCCAAGACAUCGGAGAUGGAGGAGCCGGCGCCGCAGUACAAGUUCGGGCCAUAUAAGAUCGACGCGCGGGAGGUCUUCCACGCCACGGCCCUCUCCUACGCCAUGGUCAACCUCCGCCCGCUCCUGCCUGGUCAUGUCCUUGUGUGCCCCAAACGUGAAGUGAAGCGAUUUGCUGAUCUAAGUUCUGAUGAGACCAGUGAUCUGUGGGUAACUGCAAAGGAAGUUGGUGCAAAGCUUGAGCAGUACCACAAAGCUUCUUCCCUCACAUUCGCGAUUCAGGAUGGUCCUCAAGCUGGCCAAACAGUUGCCCAUGUCCACAUCCACGUCAUCCCUAGGAAGAAAGGAGAUUUUGAGAACAACGAUGAAAUAUACGAUGCGAUCGACGUGAAAGAGAAGGAAAUGAAGGAGAAGCUUGACCUAGACGUCGAAAGAAAAGAUAGAACCAUGGAAGAAAUGGCUCAUGAGGCUACCGAGUACCGUGCUCUUUUCUCCUAGACAGAUCAUAGGUGUAUUUCUGAUGAAUGCUCUAAUCAUCUGCUGCUUUCUCUAAAAUAAGCCUCGUGACUGAUUGUCAUUCACUGCACAACGGAAUUCUUAUUGUCAACUUGACGUGGGUGGUGUCCAGCCAAACUGAUGUAAUGGUAGUGGGAGAGCAAUGGCUUAUUGUAAGAAUAUAUAUUGCAGUGAUUAUUCGUCGUUCCAUGUUGAUCGAAUUUA